GCGGGAAGCCUGUGGUCUAAGCUUCUCAAAGCAUAAAGCACACAUACAAAUAAAGAGGUGCUUCGUGAAUGGAAUUCCCACUUAACCUUCGUAUUUAAUUCUCUGACAGAUUGAAGAUGAUCUUACGACCUUAUUGAUCCCUUUGUUAUUUUGGGGAUCGAUGCGAACAUGCAUCGUUUUUCUGACAGCAGGAGCUUAUACCUCUCCAAAUAUUUGAUCUGUAGUUGAGCGAUUCUCCUUGAGGACUUUCUGAUUCAGAAUGAAGACACUGCUAAAGGCUGUGUUUGGAAUAGCGGGAAAGCCGUUUGAUGUAAGUUUGAACGAUGAAGAGAUUGUGUGGUCGCCAAAAUUCAGCGAGAAAAAAGGCUCCAAGAAGAAACAGUAUGCUGUGAGUACAAGAUCUCUUAAGCUCCUGGAUUUGAUAGGAGCCAUGAUCAAGAAAAGAAAAUCUCUGAAGAGUCCUAUGACCCGGGGUGAGCUUGUGGGCGUGGCAGUGUUCACGUACUCCAAAAACAAGGACCGAACACUUAGUGAGACCAAUAUGGUGCUAGAGUGCACAGAUGAAGAUUCAUGCCAGCACUGGGUGACUGCUAUCAAUGACAAGUUGAAGAGCUUCCCUCACAGACCAAAAAUGCUGAAAGUUAUCAUCAAUCCAUACAGUAAGAAGGGCAAGGCCCCUCAUGUCUACUACAAUUCCGUAUCAAAACUCUUCCACAGGGCGGGCAUACGGACCGAUAUUAUGUUGACGGAAAGGGCCGGCCAUGCCUGGGACUACCUCAGGUCUGCAACAGAUCUUUCAAGCUAUGAUGGAGUGGUAUGUGUGGGUGGUGAUGGGAUCGUUCACGAGGUGGUGAAUGGUAUUCUGGAGAAUACGCAUGCCAUGGAGGGCCUGGACGUCACAUGUGAAGCCCUCCCUGAGGACUUCAAGGCCAUCACGCCAGACAUGCGCAUUGGGAUCAUCCCUGCAGGCUCAACUGAUGUCAUUGCAUUCUCUGGUCUUGGAACCAAUGAUCCGACAACAGCUGCAAUCAACAUUGCAUUGGGUCCUUCCCAGUCCCUGGAUAUCUGCUCGCUGGAAAGCGCCAACAGGCUUGUCAGGUUCGCCUUCUCAUUGGCUUACGGUUUCCUUGGCGACGUACUCAAGUCGAGCGAGCAGUCUCGGUGGUUGGGUCCUAAGAGAUACAAGUGGGCCGCUGUAAAGAGGAUGUGCAGGCUCAAGUCUUAUGAAGUGGAGAUUAACUACCUCGUAAGCACCGACACGGAGAGCCAUCCCCGAGAUGAGCAACGAUGUCGAAGAGGAUGCAAAACUUGCGAAAAACCAGAUGCAACCGACGAAAAGAUCGAAAGUGGUGAAUGGCAGACGUUCCGAGGUCCUGUGGUUGGCGUGAGCCUCAUUACUCUCCCCAGUCCCUGUGACAUCUCCCCGGAUGGCGCGUCCCCGUGCUGUCACCUUGGUGAUGGCUACACGGACAUGAUUAUAGUACGAGCCUGCACUACCGCUGAGAUGUACGCGCAUGUGCAGAGAAAUUUCAACAGAAAGGACCAGUUCGAUUUUGACUUUGUGAACGUCCAUCGUAUCAAGCAGUGUUACAUACGAGCUAUUAGCGAUCCAGAGCAGGCGACCCAGAACGAAAGCAAUAAUCAAAGUGACUCUGCACGGAGUAGGCUCGUGGAUGGAAGGGCCAUUCCAUUACCUCGCAAGAUCAGUAGACAUCCCUCCGGGGUGUGGAAUGUUGAUGGGGAACUUCUUGAAGAGCCCUCUCUGCUUGUCAGGGUUCAUAGGAAGUUAAUCACCGUAUUUGGCCAGGGAAUAGAGGACAUCCCGGAAACGAAGGGCUGCUUCUAGCCUACCAAGCGAUGAAGAGCACUUUUAUUUUCAAACUAAUCGUAUUUGGCGGCCAUUUCCAUCGGCUGAUUUGGGGGAGCCAAUGCGAUAUUUUCGAUUGAAUUUGGGAGAUAAAGUAUAAAACGUUGUUUCUUGAGAGGUAAAUUAUGUGCCUUUUAAUAUUAAAUGAAAGUAAUAACAAAGGUGUGUCUGACAAGAGCUCUUUAAGUUGAAUUAUUCAUUGUAUAGAUUCCAUAUAAUUCUUUCAAAGAUUGUUAUAUGAUGUUGCGUACAAGUGUCCUCUACUUUAUAAUAUUAUGUUCAAAUUGUAAUUACAAACAUACGUUAUUUAUUGGGACUUAUAUACCAUAAAGUUUCACCAGCAUAAUAAAUAUUUAUGAAGUUCGCGUCUAAAUUAUCGUACACAGAAUGAGUAACUUACAGCCAAAUUCUUUGUUGCGCGACCUCGACAAAUCUAAAAUCCUUGUCUCGUCUGGGAAUAGCGCGUAGUCAGACACAAGCUUUUGGGGCGGUCUGUCUGGUUUUGAUUGUUUGGUUUGAUUGACUACGCACUAUUCCCAAACAAAGAAAGGAAUUUAACAUUCUGGGAGGUCGCGCAACAACGAAUUUGGCUAUAAUCCACAACUUUCCUGAAACAUCUCUAGGGUCUGGAUGGGGUGAACCGACUAGCGAGAAACAGCUUAAUAGAGGCUUGUAAAAAUAACCAACUACUGACGAAAUGGGAAACAAUUAUUGACUACCUACAUUUUAUGGGUGUCCGUAUUAUGAACGUUUACGUCUAAGGUUGGACUCGAGAACAAAUGAUUGAAUAUAUCCUGGUCUCUAAAAGCCAUGUAAAAGUUUUAAGUUUGAAAAUAAACAAAAAAUCUAAAACA